AUGGAGUCUGUGACCCAAGAGAAGAAGAAGCUCCGAAGUGUAAUCUGUUUCGAAGCGCAAGCACCUAGUGGCUACACGUUCAUUCCUGCGGGGAACCCGCAACUCACCACGGCGUGCAAAGAGAAGUGUCGCGCCGAAGGCCUUCAAAUCCAUGCAGUAUCGCAUGUCCAUCGGAUAGGAUAUCACUUUCCCAGCACCGUGGUAGCAUCUGUCUGCUCGGAGCUUGGUCUCUACCUCACGAGCACUGGUAAAACAAUGCCCCUCUUCGGUAUGGGCAGGACGGAGAUUCGUUCGCGGGCGGGAUCGGAAAUCUCUCAAAUAAGGCUCAACACAGACGCUAGAGAUGCUAUCAGGGAUUUGUUCCCAAAUAUCCCCGACCAAGAUUUGAAUCAAAUCAUCAAGACCGCCUUCCAAAAGGGCCAGAAGAAAGUUGGGACAGCCACUGAAUUGCCUCUCGCUCGUAGAGCGCAACUUGCGGUGGUUGCUCACGUUCGGCAUGUCUACACUGACUACGAUCGCCUUCUAAAAACGACCUCAUUUCAUGAAGCAAGAACGACUGUUGAGCACCCAACUCUAGCAAAAGUCAUUGAAUGGCGAGGGGAUGAUGAAAACGGCCAGACAGUGCUCGAAGAUGUCUUCCGUGAGGUCAUUGUCAUUUCCGACGAUGAAGACAGCGAAUCAGAAGAAGACGCGGCUUCUGUGGCUAGUCAUCAAAACUCCAGCGUGGUGGAACUUCUACCUACUGAAGCCCGGACCCAUGAGAUUCGCACCCAGCCCAUUAACACAAACCCUGGCCAAGGUUAUCCCCGGGAUCCAUCCGAGGAAGCACCACCAGGAUUCCGGUUCGUCACAAGGGUCCCGGCAAACAAUUCGACCAACCGUCGCGGAUUCAGCAGAUACCAGGCAUGGAACCGCGCCAUCAAGGAGUAUCGGGAGGGUAUCCAGAACACUGAGCAACCUCGGUUUACCGGCGCUCUGGCUGAAAAGCAAAGCCCGCGAUAUGCUGAAAAGCGCAUCGCUCUGGAUACAAACACUUCUAGGUAUCAGGAUGCCACCGAAACCCAUCGGCGAGUCAUUCCUGGCUCGGCCAGCAUGGAUAACCAGGCCCAGCGCAUGUCUGCCAUCCCACUAAUGGACCGUUCCGUAGCCCAGAGACAUGUAGGUGUCCAGGAUACUCACUCGGACAUCCAGAAAACCUCUUCGCAUAAUUUCAGCUCCAGGAAGCCCGGACUAACCCGCCAGGAAUCGCCCGAGUUACAAAUCUUGGAGGAACUUUCCGGGCCCAGAAACAUGAACAUGCCUUAUUCCAACCUUCCACCUAUGGGAAAGGACUUGCGACCAGAGAGACUGCCCCCUCAGUCGGAGAAUAGGUCAAAUGCCCCAGUGUUCGUGAGCGGACCCACGGAGAAGAUCCAGAAUAAUGUGGUUCCACUAGGACGCCGUCCUGGCGCCGUCAACUCUCCUCUAGUCAGGCCAGGAUCAAACACGCAGGAGUCAGUGGUGCCAUCCAUCGAGGCUAGUUGGCCCCAAGAAACCCGGCGGACCGAUCCUGCAUACCCUUUGGUGCAUAUGGCAAACCAGAUGUCGCUGCGAUCAGUCACGCCGGGUCGACCCCAGGGAGAAUUGAAGCAUCACUCCGAUGUCGUUGAAAUUGACGGUAAUGGCGACCCGCCUAGCAAAAAAAGACGGAUGGGCCGUGAAGGUUCCCGUGUUGAUCCCCGUCCAGACCCACGAAUGGCUAGACCCAUUGGCUUCCCCGUCUCUGAAGGCUAUGUGCCCAGAGACUCUUAUCGUCGCGCUGAGAAUGCGCCCGAACAUCGCCCCCAGGAUCAGCUUCAGUUCCGCCGGGACAUUGUGCCAGACCUGAUCCACGCACUUGCUGGCCACAGGAGUCUCGUCCUCCGAAUGGAGUCUCGAGUUCUAGUAUCAUUUUCCCCGAGGAGCGCGCCUCAACUGUUCAUCUCCCUCGCCCUGGGUACUCCACCUCUAACCAUUGGCAUCCAUAUUAUGACCGUAAUCCCCGCGUGGAUCGCCCCAAUGAGCAGCGUGGCAUUCGACGACCCCGCAUGGAUGCUCGUCCUGUUCCAGAGAACACGCAAGAAAGAAGCCUGUACGCGGACGGAUUCAUCCGACCUGUUGAUCACCGUGAGCCCCCCUUCGUUUGAAUUCUCUUUCCGGCGCCUCGCUCCCGAGACCAAGCUCAAGCCCAUUGGAGAUGCCUCUCAGUCCAGGAACAGAGAAAGGGAUCCCAAGUACCUUGCCACAAAGAACAUGUCUCAGGUCCAGGUCGACCCACGCGGCCAGUUACCCGCUCGAAGUGUUCAUCCUGAGCACCAUCGCACCUUCUCGGACUCCGUGCCGAAAAAUCAACCCCAUGCAUCCCCUCCCCAGGUUCCCCGUGAACGACCAUCCAGUGGCGGCUUCAUCUCGCGCCCUCUCUACUACCCUCCCCAGGAGCAGAACCGCCCGGUCUACGUUCAAACAGUCGAACCUCGCACAGAGCGCCAACCCUUCUACCCUAUUCCCGAUGGAAGGCAUUUUGUCACCGUUGAUUAA